UCAGCUGCUGAGGCUACAUCAGAUUCUGCAGCGCAAACUGGGACCUCACACCCAGCCUGGAUACUUUUCAUUUUUACGCAAUGACUUUUUGGCGCUAAGAAGAGGAAUUCUCCUCUCUCCGGCUUUCUCUCCCCCUCCCUUUCUUUCUCACCGCCUCCCCUCCCUGCCUGUCCUUCUCUCUGCUCCUUUCGCGGGUUCGGAACAAGCUGCCCAGUGCCCCUCUAUUUGUUCCCAGCACCGGGGAAGCUGGUAGCAAUGGGACGGCUCGGAUUCAGCACCAAGGAGAGCGCCCGACUUCUGUUGCUCGGUGUGUUUGGUGUUCUGAUUCUGUCCGCGGUGCUCCAGGCGGAGCAGGAGGGGGAGAACCUGUCGGGGCUCUCCAACAACCCGGACAAAGCCAUCUUCGCGGUCCGGGAGAACGGCACGACGUGCUUGAUGGUGGAGUUCGCCGCCAAAUUCCUCGUGCCAUAUGACGUGCUCGCGCUCAACGGAAUAGACUUGAUCACGGAGCAGGCGUCCUUCACUCUGCCCCGAAAUGCUGAAAUCGAGGGGAAAUGCGGGAGCACCGAGUCAGAAAUCCACAUCUCCUGGAAGAACAACGCUUACGUCCUCCGCAUCUACUUCUCAAAGGAGUUCCGUGAGAAGGGCAUUGAGGUGUGGAAGAUCAGUAAAGUCCAGUUCGUGUACGACACCUCGGAGACGUCACACUUCAUCAACGCGUACAACCCUGGGAAGCACACAGCCAGUACCCACCGGCUCUCGGUCCUGGUGACCCCCGCAGGGCGGUCCUAUGUGUGCACGGCUCAGCAGACCAUCACCCUCAUCUCCAGCGACCACCAGAAGGGCGUCACGUUCUCCAUGUACGACAUCCAGAUCCAGCCUUUUGACAUCGCCUCAGACUUUGUGUUCAGCUCUACCUACAAGUGCAUCACUGACCAGCGAGAGCAUCUGGAGGAGAUCCUCCCUCUCAUCCUGGGCGUCAUCCUGGGCCUUGCAAUCGUCAUCAUGCUCACCAUCUACCACUUCCAUCUGAAGCUGACAGCCAAUCAGCCGCAGAUCCCCAGAGAUCGCUCCAUGUAUAAGAACAUGUGAUGACAGACUCGUCCCCUCCACGUCCCGGCACAGAGGACCGCAUCCUCGAGCUGGACCGAGUCCCCGAUUGACGAAUGUGAAAGGCCCGCACCGCACUGCCCCGCUGGAGCUUUUGCAUCGUUAAAUUUGCUCGUUAAUGGGACUGCUGGGACCCAGCAUGGGCGUGUUCGGAAGGAAAACCACCCAAAUAUAAUUAACAUCUGGAUUCAGGCUUAAAUGUUCAUGUGUUGAUAUUUUUCCUCUAAAUUCUAGAAGAAAAACCCAAAGCGUCUGCCUUCAUCUCUUCUCUUCUGCUGCUGAAUCACCAUUUCUUGACUCUGCAUUUGUUUGCUUUGAUAAAUCUGUUGUUCGGACCCUCUGAAUGCAGCCAUAGUGUCGGUCGUGGACAGUGUCGUAGUGUUCAGUGCAGUUUUGGUUUCGACUUCAGACCUUUUCCCUACACCCGUGUGGAACGAAUCAAUCAAGAGAAGAAACAAAAGACUAAAGAUCCAAUUAAAUGAAAGAAUUUGUCAGAAAUAUGUGUGAGUUUAUGAAAAAAUAGUAAGAUUUUAAAUCACAUGUGUGUGAAAUAUUUUUAGAGUGAAAGUCUAUGCAUACACCUCUGCUGAUGCAACUGUGUGAAGUGUUCUGUUUGAAAUAAACUGCUGGAUUCACCCUCA